AUGCCUCUCCCAUUCAGCAAUCGCAUCUCGUCCGCCAACAGCCACCCGGAGCUCCAGGACAGUGAUGAGGAGGGCGACCAGCUCAUCCCGCUUCUCAACCGAAGCCAGGUGAAAGCGAGGAAGGUUUGGGAGGGCUUCCUCGACUUUGCCACCCAGGGCGACAUUCUCGGCAUCGCCUUGGGCUUGAUGAUACCACGAAUCGAGAACUGUACCGAAUCUCGAGUAGGAAUCGCGACUGACCAUGUCCUCCGAAGAAUCGCCUCCUCGUUCACGGCACUCGUCAACAACUUCGUGAACAACAUCUUGAUGCCGCCCAUGUCCAUCAUCUUCCCUCUGAACCGCAAUAUUGAAGAGAAGUUCGCCGUUCUCAAGGGUGGUCCCAACUACAGCCACGAGAACAAGUACACGACUCUUGAGCGCGCCAAGGACGAUGGUGCAGUCGUUAUGGCUUACGGCUCUUUCCUCAACCAACUUGUCUCGUUCUUCUGCAUCGGCUUCGCCCUCUAUGGCCUUGCGCACAUCUUUCAACUCUUUUCUCGAGACCCGAUCAUCAGACCUACGGUCAAGUGCAAGUACUGCCGCAAGCGUAUAAGCAUCAAAGCGCAACGUUGCGUCAACUGCUCUAGCUGGUUGGACGGUCGUGAGGACAGGCCUCUUAUGUGA